GGAACCUUGAUGUAAGGGAAUGUACUCCCGGAAGUACAUAUAAUACCAAUAUGGCGGCGUUGUGCUACUUACCCGUGCCGGGUGUUUUUCGGGCUUUACGGUCUUGUGGGUUCCGCUACUCCUCUAAUUUCAGAAGUGCUUAUAGUCUGGAUAAACUGUAUCCUGAUACCGAGAGCCGGCUACAGAAGGAAACAAAUCAAGAGAAGCCAGAUAUCCCUGUUGAUCGUCUGAACAUCUCGUACAGUAAAAGCAGCGGUCCUGGGGGACAAAAUGUUAACAGAGUUAAUACCAAAGCUGAAGUGCGGUUCCACUUAGCUUCUGCAGACUGGAUCUCUGAAGAUGUCAGGCAGAAGAUCUCUGUACAGCAUAAAAAUCGCAUAAAUAGAAAUGGGGAAUUUAUUGUAGUUUCUGAGGUGAGCCGUUACCAAAUGCGUAACCUGGCAGACUGUCUUGAGAAAAUCCGUGAUAUCAUCUCUGAUGCUAGCAAAAAGCCCAAACCUCUGACCACCGAGGAUGUUGAGCUUCGCAGGAUGAGAGUGGAACUUAUGAACAGAGAGCGUCUACAACAGAAGAAGAUUAAUUCUACUAUUAAACAUAGUCGGAAAGUACACCUAGACUGAAUAUAGCUUAAGUCAGCAGGGAUCUGGAGUCACCUUGAAAGGCAGAUAUAAAUGGCCAGUGCCAUGGGUAUUAAAAGAAGCUUAUAACGUUUAAAGAACUGAACAUUUUUGGGGUGUCUUACAUUGGAUUUCUUUCCCAGCAGAAGCCAUGUUUUCAAUUUAUAUAAGAGACAUUGUGAAUUGUUUUUGCACAUGUGCGCAUUUAAUUUAAUAAACCUAUUCAAUGUA